AUUGCGACCACGAUGCGCAUUACCUCGAUCCUCGCGUCGCUUGCGGCCGCGGCCACGUCCGUCAUGGCCCUCGACCGCCAGCUCUACGCGCUCAACUACGCGUCGUGCCCCGACGACACCAACAUGCCGCUCGACCUCGACAAGCUCAAGGACAUCACGCACACCGUGCGCAUGUACUCGAUGGACGAAGGCUGCAUGACGCGCCUCUACUGGCAUGCGGGCUGGCGCAACAUGAAGAUCUGGCUCGGCAUCUGGUCCGAGGCCGACGCCAAGAUCGACUCGUUUGAUGGCGAGUUCCAGCGCCUCAAGAACCUCGUCGAGAAGGGCAUGGUCAACAACAACAACGUCGUCGGCAUUCAAGUCGCGUCCGAGGCCAUCUACCGCUACUACAUCCAGGGCCAGCACGACUUUGCCGACAAGGGCCCGAUCAACCGCAUCAUCCAGCACUACAAGGAUGUCAAGGCGUACCUUCGCAGCAAGAACCUCUUCUUCCCGGUCGUCAUCGCCGACAUCAUGGACUCGUACAAGUACUUCCCCGAGCUCUUCGCCAACACGGACGUCGUCUCGGUCAACGCGUUUGCCAUGUGGCAGAACAAGACCGCGGCCGAAGGCGUCCCGACCUUGUACAACGACUUCCACGGCAUUUGGAACUCGGCGCGCGCGCUCGGCAAGCCUGUCGUGCUCUCGGAGACGGGGUGGGCCACGGGCGGCACGGCGGACGUCGUCGCCGAGACGUCGCCUGAGGCGCAAGCGCUGUACACGAAGGAGUUCAUCUCGUUUGCGGAGCAGCAGAACGUCAACUACUACUACUUCUCGUCCUUUGACGGCAACCGCGACCCCGAGAUCGAACGCCAUUUCGGCCUCUUUGACAACACGCGCACGAUGAAGCCGCUCAUUGCGUCGCUCACGGUCGGCGCGGCGCCGACGGCUGUUCGCCUCCACAGCGACGCGAGCGUGCUCAAGGCCGGCAGCUACAAGCAGGGCGAGACGUUUGGCAAGCUCUCGAUCUCGGCGCCCGCCAAGGGCCUCACUGACCGCCUCGACAAUGAGAUCUGGUUCUACGACCAGGCAGGCUCGGGCUGGCUCAAGUCGCGCUCCACGAACGCGUGCCUCCAAGGUAACGGCAAGGGCCAGUUUGUCUCGGUCGCGCGCUGCGACGCUGCCAAGGCCAGCCAGCGCUGGAGCUUCAACGGCAACGGUGCCCAGAACGGCGACCUCUGCCUCACCAAGAGCCUUAAGCUGACUUCGUGCUCGAACAACAACGGGCUCAAGAAGGUCGACAUGGGCUCGCAGGAGCUUCGCAUUGCGGUCGCUGGCUCGGACCUCAAGCUCACAGAGUACUAUGGCGCGUUGAGCGUCCGCUCGGCGCCGAUGGCGGGCGCGAUCCCCGAGACGCAGCUCUGGUACUACGACCCGAUGCUCCAGACGAUCAAGAACAAGGCCAACCAGAACAGCUGCCUCGAUGCGUGGGAGUUCAAGGACUAUGGCGGUGUCCACGUCUACAACUGCGACGCGACCAACGACAACCAGCAGUGGCAGUACAACGACAAGACGGGCCAGAUCAUGCACGCGCGUAAGCUCGGCCUCUGCCUCUCGAGCGACGCCUCCAACGGCAACGUCUACCUCCUCUCGUGCGACGUUCAGAACGCCGGCCAGCGCUUCCAAAUGAACCUCUAAGUAGCGUCGUCUCUCUGUACCUGUGCUACACGCAAUGGAUGUUAUUGAAUUUACUAUCUUUUUAAUCUA